AUGAGUGCAAAAAAACGUUUCUUAUUCCUUGGUCCAACUGGAGUUGGAAAAUCUUCAAUAAUCAACGUUCUUUACAAUGAUGAUGUUAAAAAAGAAUCCUUGAAUACACCGGCGAAAGUUGGUUCAACAACAAGUGGUGUUACAAAAAGUUUUGAUACUUAUUAUGACAGUAACAAGUAUGCAUAUACAGAUUCUAUUGGCUUUGGUGAUAAUAAUUUUACAAAAGAGGAAAUAGUUACAUUGAUAAAACGAUUGAUUGAUAAUGCUAUCAUCGGCUAUAACAAAAUUUAUUUAUGUGUUCGGUAUGGAAGAAUUUCUACUGAUAUUUGGUUGUAUUUAAAUUUAAUUAUCUCUGUUUUUGGUGAUGAGGGUUUAAAUUGGUGUACACUUAUUUUUACUCACUGUCACGAUGACAAUAUGAACACCGAAAUGUUUUUGGAUAUAAAUAAAAACGAUAUGGACAUUGUUAAACUUGUCGGUAAGGUGAAAAAUGUUAUCUUUGGUGACCUUCAAUCUUAUAAUGAUCAAGAAAAAGACUCUAUAUUCAAAGGUACACGAAAACGUUUUUUAGAUUCUAUUAAAUGUGAUGUAACUAAUUCAAGUGCUUUUUAUUAUUUCCCGAAACCAAGUGAUCAUAAUGCUUGGUUGUCUUCAAUGUGCGGCACUAUCGAACGUUUUACUCAGAUAAAAGUGCCAGUAGAAGAAAUAUGGGCUUAUAUGAGAUCAAUAACAAUUAUAAAAGUGGAUAAUAUGCAGUAUUUUGGUGAAUGUAUAAUUUGCGAAGAGGAGCCAAUGUAUUAUACAAAUAGUGUGUUUACCAGUUGUGGACAUACUUUUCAUAAAGUAUGUAUUAAUGAGUGGCUUGAUGCUAGACAUACAUGUCCAAUAUGUAGACAAAGUUGUCACUUACACGAACUGUUAAAGUGGCUUCCAUCUCAUCUAUCCGUCCUACGCCCAAAUAAGUAAUGCAUUGUUCUGUAUCACAUAACCGGAAACAUUCGUGAUUAAUGAACUUUGAAAGUUCAACAUUCUAUCUUUUCUCUUACUAUGACAUGGUUCUUGUUUUGUAUUUAAAAAUAUGUAUUACCCUUCGGUUGAGUAAUUAAAAUUACAGUAAAUAGUAAAAGUCGUACAUUUUUGAGAUUGAGAUUUAUUUUUGUUUAAAACGAAAGGUAUAUAUUAUAAAUAAAAAAGUCGCAGAAAAGCUGCAAACUACAUUACAUCUGAUUUGAACCGUCUGUACAAGUAAAAGUACAAGAAAGAGUAGUAUAUACAUGUAUACUAUUAUAUGCCUUGAAACAUUUGAUUCGGUCUUUUUGUGAACUACUAUCUGAUGGUAUUGUCAAGCUGAUUGUAGAAAACGGAAACAAAUUGCGCCCAAACGCUAAGUGACUUGUACCAAUAGAUAAAGUUCGAUGAAAGCAAUCAAACUGUAUAUGCAAUACCACCUUUGGGUGCACAUUCACCCUUUAGCAACUUUUUCUCCAAAACAAAGCCUAGAAGGACAAAUAUUUUGUCUGCCCUUCGUACCUGAAUAGCAUCAUAAUGGAUGACGCACAUCAGUACGGUACCUGCGUUUUACUCUACUUUUUGUUCUCUCACAUUCAUCCCUUUUUGCCCUUCGCAAAGCCUAUAAUGAGUAAAUACCCGACUGAUGAUGCU